AGUUCAGGUUGGACGGUCUAUUGAUAAACAUCGUUAGUGCGCAGAAGCUGUGUCGGUAUAGAGGCGCGCAUAUAGUAACGAUAAAGCGACAUUUUUGCGUAUACAACGUGUGUCCUAAGGAAUUUAUUGCCGACGCAUAAAAGGCAUAACAACAACAACAACAAAACAAAUUACGGUUACUUCACCACCCACCGCUCAGCUAUAGAAACCAACUAAACCUUUGCUCUCAUACAGCAAAAGGUUCAUUCACAAAGUGCGCGCUUAUUUAUGUAGUUUUGUAUGUGUGAGUGCGUGUGUGUAUGGAGUGUUGCCAAGUGCCCAAAGUCUUAAGAGAAAAGUAAAGACUAACCACCCUGCCCACAAUUCUUAAAAACAUGUCUAAAUAACAACAAACCCUCAACCGACGAGCAAAUCUAAGCAAACAUUCAACUUAACUGGCGACCUCUCAACUUUCAAACUUCGUUGUUUGUCGUUCCGUUCGAUGUCAAACUGUGUUGUAACCUUGCAUGCUUUAGCCAAGCCGUUGUUGUCUUUCGGAGCUGUUAGCUGUGAGCCCUGAUGAACACUGGCCGGUUGCUGCGAGCUGCUAAUGUGAAUUUUUGUGCGUUUCAAGGCAUUGCGACGUGUUACGUUGCUCUGGGGUCAUUUCCAACUGCCGGCAAAGACACAAUAGGAUGAUGAUGAUGCUUAUGUGGAUGUGUGCAUUUGAGGUCGUCGUGCGUGCUUGUUAGCUGAUGUAGAAGCAAAACGUGAAUGUUGCUAUUUUUUUGUUGGUGACAAACAUUUAUUUUUUGCCACAAAGAGAACAUGGUUCUGUGCGAGUGUAUCGGUGUGUGUGCUACGAAAAAUAACAACAAACAAAUCAGCUUAAACUAAACUAACUAAACCCAAAGUAAUAAGAAAACAAAACAUGUUUCUUUUUUUUGACAAAUUUAACAUUUAGUGCUCGCUCCAUCUCUCGCUCUGUAAAGUUCUGAUCUCUUCUCAACAUCGAAUACUCGUGCUUGUGUGUGUUUGUGAGAUCCUUUUGGGACAAACGUAUAUUUGAAGAGGAAGAAUAAAAUGAAUUCAAAACUGUUUGUUUACUAAUUCGAGUCGUGCAAAAAAAGUAAACAAAAUCAAUACCCAAUUCUUUUUGGUCAGCUCGUGACGUUGUUGUAAUAACAUGCAUAUUCAAAAGGAUUACAUUAAAUCUCUCUAACUGUGUUGACAUUAUGGCUCAGUUAUCAACACAAACCCAACACACAGACAGCAACCCACAGCAGAAUGUGAUGAAAAGCCCCAUGUAAACAUUGAGCUGUUGAAUGCUGUAGACGAGAUUAAACAUGUCGAUAACAAGUUUGUCUAACUAACCGUUGCUACGUUUUUUUUCUGCCGUUGUAAAAAUUUAAAUCAAAUAUCAACUUACCUAUUAAGAAAACAAAAACAACAACGAUUUGAGUAGACCAAACUGCAAUAAAUCAAUAAAUAAAAUAACCAAAAAGAAACACAUAAAAAGAAUCAAGUGCAAUAUUAAAUUUUUGGCGAAAUUUAACCACAUCAGAAAACCCUCAAUGGCAGCUUAUACACAAUUUGGAUAUGGCGGUUAUCCGUCGGCAUCACAGUUACUCUCCGCAAAUCCCACGCAAUCACCACAGACGGGUGAUACAGCAAGUGGUCCAGCUGCAAUGACUAGUCCUAAUGCUCCUUCCUGUAGUCCAACGGGCGAGUGUCGAUCGAAUGUGGCGGCCAACGCACCAGUGGCUGCCAAUUCUAGUGGCAAUGGCAGCACUACAGAAAUACCAACAGGUGCCCUCAGUCCAGAUGGCCUAUCACAACAUUCAAACAAUAUCGGUGGAGGUGGCAGCGGUGGUGGUGGGGGCCAACAAAAUCCUCCCUCAACUUCAAAUAUAGGCAAUACACCUUUGGGCUCGAAUAGUGCGGGAUCUGUGGGCGGUGGUUCCUGCUGUGAAAAUGGACGACCCAUUAUGACUGAUCCGGUAUCGGGACAAACCGUAUGCUCUUGCCAAUAUGAUUCAGCGCGUUUGGCACUAUCCAGCUAUUCGCGAUUACCUGCUGCAAGUGUGGGUGUUUAUGGUACACCAUAUCCUUCGACGGAACAGAAUCCUUAUCAGAGUAUAGGAGUGGAUAGUUCAGCGUUUUAUUCACCUUUGAGUAAUCCAUAUGGCUUGAAGGACUCAGCAACAGGUACCGAUAUGUCAGCAUGGACCUCAGCUGGUCUGCAACCAACGGGUUAUUACUCAUACGAUCCCAUGUCCGCAUAUGGUUAUGGUGCCUCUUAUGACUUGGCCGCUCGACGUAAAAAUGCCACCCGAGAAUCUACUGCGACACUAAAAGCCUGGCUAAAUGAACACAAAAAGAAUCCCUACCCCACCAAGGGGGAGAAAAUCAUGUUGGCCAUUAUCACCAAGAUGACUUUGACUCAGGUUUCUACAUGGUUUGCCAAUGCUAGACGUCGCCUGAAGAAGGAAAACAAAAUGACCUGGGAACCCAAAAAUCGUACCGAUGAUGAUGAGGAUGGCAUCAAUUCGGAUGAUGAUAAAGAUGACAAGGACAUAGAUGAUGCCAAAUCGCAGAGUAUGCACUCAACAAAUCCUCAAAUGAGCGGCCCUAUGACAGUGAGAAAAGAUCUUGAAAAGUCCGAUUUGGCCGACGAUGAACAUCAAAUGAAAAGCCUUAAUCAUCCGGGCGACUUGCGCAUGAGUCUUAACUUUCCUGGUGCUGGAUAUCCCACCGGAGCCAGCCAUCCUCAUGGCUAUCAUCCCUAUCAUCAACAUCCGGCUUAUUAUCAACACCAACAGCAAUCCAUGUUUCCAUCAGGCUAUUCACAUGCGGCCGGUGAAAGUUUGAUUGCGGCUGGCAAACACGAAGUCAGUGAUUCAAAAAACCCCAUGAGCCGGGACUGUGGCGUACCAAUUCCAGCCAGCAAGCCGAAAAUCUGGAGUUUAGCCGACACAGUCGCCAGCAAAACACCUCCACUACAUUCGGCAGCUUAUAUGGCUCAGCAACAGCAUCAACUACAGAGGCAUCAGCAACAGCACCCCAUGCAGCAGCUGCAGCAAAUGAGCAGUUUAAUACCGGUGGCUUCACCUCAAAACACCAACAGCAGCAGCAACAGCAACAACAACAGCAAUAUGAUGAGUGGAAGCUACAACACAAAUCCCUAUACCCGGGCGCCUUCUACAGCCUACGAGAAUUUUCUAGGAGUUAUGGCUACCAACAAUAUGCCACCCUACAGCAACAACAACAGCAGCAACAACACGCCCAGCAGCAACAUCACAAGUCUUCAUUCAAUCAACAACCGCCAUCCCAACAGCACGCCGCCUAUUACAUCCCAACCAGCACCCCCAAACGCCCAUCAUAUACCACAUCCGCAUCAUCAGCAGCACCAGCGAACACCUACCAUGAAUCAACAACGGGGGAUGGGGUUUCCCGAAGCCCAACCCGACACUCCACCCCAAACUCCACCGAAUAUGAAGGUGCCGAACGUCCAAUUGGCCACGAACCUCUUGCUUACCGCUACUCAAGCCCAUAUGACCGCUACCUGCCACAACAUCAACAGUAGCCAUCAUGCCCACCAUAACGCAAAUUCUUAUGGUGCUGCCCCCGGUCACUACACCCGAUCCUAUGGCUAUUCACCGCGUGAUGAAAAUUCAUUGGGCAGUUCAUGCAGUUCCGCCUCCGGUUCUCUACAUGAUCAAGAUCCUCAGGAAUAUAAAAUGGUCUUUAAGACUCAGCAAAAUGUGAUUAACCCUAAGCCGUUAGACCUUCGGAAAGUUAUACUAAACAAAAUAUGUAUGUACUCACAUACAGAUAUGUAAAGAGUUGUAAAGUGAACAUCUAAAUGGUUUUGUACCACCAGUAUAAAAGUUUCGCUACAAAAAAUGUGGAUGGUUAAACAGUAUUUUCUAAAAAGAG